UCACUCUCGUUGCACUUGCAGCUCAAACCAGCACUGCAGCAAGGCUGUCUUCUACCCUUAAUCAGCUGCGCAGCGCCUCUUGUGAACUUUCUUCACCUCUAGUGCUCUUUCCCUCUCUCUUAGCUCGCUUUCUAUUUGGUCCAUUUGGUGAAGAAAGACAUGGGAAAGGAAGUGGACGUAGCAGAACAAGGCGAGUUCUCAGCGAGGGACUACCAUGACCCGCCUCCGGCGCCGUUGAUCGACGCUGAGGAACUGACCAAGUGGUCCUUCUUCAGGGCUAUCAUAGCUGAGUUCAUCGCGUCUGUUCUUUUCCUUUAUAUUGGGGUACAGACCGUGAUCGGGUACGAAAGUCAGUCUGACCCGGCCAACGGCGCUGAUCCUUGCAGUGGUGUUGGUCUCCUCGGCAUCGCUUGGGCUUUUGGCGGCAUGAUCUUCGUUCUUGUUUACUGCACCGCCGGUAUCUCAGGUGGGCACAUAAAUCCAGCAGUGACGUUCGGGCUAUUCCUAGCAAGGAAGGUGUCGCUGAUCCGAGCGGUGCUGUACAUGGUUGCCCAGUGUCUUGGUGCGAUCUGCGGUGUAGGGCUGGCGAAGGCAUUCCAGAAGUCCCACUAUGUUAGGUACGGUGGGGGAGCCAACCAAGUCGCCACCGGAUAUUCCAACGGAGUGGCGUUGGCGGCGGAGAUUAUCGGAACCUUUGUCCUUGUUUACACCGUCUUCUCCGCCACCGAUCCAAAAAGGAGCGCUAGAGACUCUCAUGUUCCGGUGUUGGCGCCACUACCCAUUGGGUUCGCGGUGUUUAUGGUUCACUUGGCGACCAUCCCAAUCGAUGGAACGGGUAUAAACCCGGCAAGGAGUUUCGGAGCAGCAGUGAUAUACAACAAAGACAAGACCUGGGAUGACCACUGGAUCUUCUGGGUCGGACCUUUCAUCGGUGCAGCCAUAGCCGCCUUCUACCACCAAUAUAUUCUCAGAGCUGGUGCCAUCAAAGCUCUUAGCUCCUUCAGAAGCAACCCCAGAAGCUAAACUACUAUUCCUUCUUCUUCCUCUUCAGAGUCGAUGUUCUUGAAAUAAUAAUAAUAAGAAGAAAAAAGAGAAGUCUUGCAAGUCUGGCAGAAGGGUUCUUUUCUUGGGGCGAUCUCUGUUGAGGGUUGAUGAGGGUGGAAGGUCUUGAACUUGAAGAUCCGUGAAAAUGUAGAUAAAGAGAAUUGUGUUUCUGUUUCCAAGUAUUAAAAGAGAAGUGCAGAGUAUAUAUACCUUUUGGUCUCCUUUAAACUCAGCACUCAGUGCUUUUAAAUUUCUAUCAUCUUGAAUGUAUCUUUAGUUAGUGUUGGUGUAUCCUUUCUUGGUUCUGUUUCCUAAUAAAUGUAGCAAGUGGGUUUGUUGUCUUUCCAA